AUGGGUCUACUAUUCGGUUGCGGUUUAUGCUGCAUGCUGUUAAGCAUAUGGGCAAUUCUACAGCUGAGUGUGAUGGGAAUUUUCUUUAAAAUGGAAGUCCUUGCUUUUAUAGAAGAGGCCGAACCAGACCAUCACGAGUAUGAAGAUUAUGAUGACUUCAUGAAACAAACUAAGGAAAAUUACCAUAAAGUUUCCAUUAACUGCUGGAUUGCAGCUGUUAUAUACGCGAUAACGCUGGGUUUAUCGUAUUUGUGCAUCAAACGUGCAAGGGAGAAGGACGUGGCUGCGGCAGAGAAAUUGACAGACGAUGAAGCAUUUUGUAGAGGGAAGCCUAAGAAGUCUUAGAUCCUUUUUAUAAUAAUUAGAUACCUAUACGUGGCAGCAAACGUGACGAAACUUAACUUAUGAAUUUCUUAAUAGCUGGAGCUCGAUUGUCUAAGAAUGAAACGCGACAGAGCCUGUCAUAAUAUUGUACGUAGGUGCCUAUAAGUACAACUAAGAAAAGCCCUUCGGUAUCAAGAGUACUAUAAUCAAAAUCGAUUUACCUACAUUAAAUAGAGCAGC